GGAAACAUGCGCUUGAUCGAUUGGUGGUGGAUCGUGCCUAUCUCACCCGUCUCCAUUCUCAAGUCGAUCUAGAUUUGGGGGGCUUAAGCACUUACCCAUAUUGGUGUUCAAUAUUGAGGUCAUAUCCAGACCCUGGCCUGUGCCACACAAAGAGAGUUGAACACUGAGGUCACAAAAGCUCACCAAAGCCCACCGAAUUCGCCGGGAACGGACUGCUUUCUUGAAAACAUGGUGCUACGUGCUGCAGUGCUGCACUGGCCCACAGCUGAGGAAACAAUAACAGCCACAAUAUUCAUGCCACUGGCAUGGAAGUUGGCAGCAUGACCAAACUGACAUAUUGAAGUCAGUUCUGAGAUGUGCCCAUCGAUCAUGGCGGGAGGCUACGCAAAGCAUCCACUUCCCGAACGUGGGAUGGGGAAUGACGAGAUCGACUCGAAAAGGACGCCAUAGCAGCUGUUGCACUGUCUGGGUGCGUCAUGAGCGUUGAAUUAUGAUGCUGGAAAGCUGAGGAGUUGCUGCUGAGCUGUGGCGAGCGGGUCGGAAGAGGUCAAAGCUACCGACUUGUUUGACUGAGAUUGACAUGAUCUUUUGAGGAGCAAAGCCACAGCCAGGGUACCCCUGGCCCAGUUCCUGCUCAGAGCCUGGCCCACAAUUGGUCGUGAGGCAGACCAGGAGUGAAAAAUUGGUCGAGUCUGACAACAACCUUAUUUGAGAUGUGGCCGAAGCUGUCCUCAGGUCUCCCCAUUGGGGCUGUUUACUGGCUUCGUCAGACCACCCGGAUGAACCAUCUGAUGCUUGAUUGCGAGUCUAUCGUAGUAGCUCCUUCAAGCGAAGCCCACUGCUCCUAGUACUGAUCGGGGCCCUCGGACAACCACCCUUCCGGGGGACCAGUGGCCAGGGCUACACCGUAGUAGUUCUGCUCCUGUGGGCUUGACCAAGGCUGCCGUGCAUAACAGAUUGUGCCACAACCAAUCGCUUGACUCAAGUUGAGUGGCCUUUGGCUGCAUGGCUGACAGACUAUACUCUGUCUGGCUCGUGUCUACCCGGCCAUUCUCUUCCCAGACGCUCCAGAUGCUGGCCUCGUGGGUUCAUUCCUGCGAACAGGAGGCGAUCCGGCUCGCGUAUGAAGCCAAGGCGGUGGGAGAUUUCUCUUUUCGGGCCCCUGGUUCCUGUGUGAACCAGGCAGUGCCAUGGAGGGAAGAAAGGGGAGGAAACUGUGGCGCGUAGUACGUACUACAGUCGGUGAGGCCCGAGUACACUGUAAACUUGGUUGGCCCUCCCACAAGCGCGACCUGGACUCGACUCCAGCUUUUGCGGGCAUUUCGGCGCCGUGCGUUCUGGAAACGAAUCACCAGGGCUGAACUGGCAAUCAAGAUGUCACUGACAGCGGCUAACCAGCGUGACCGGAGCGUCCAGGACCAGGCGUUGAGGUCAAGUGGCACAGAAACGGGAGACGUGGAUUCUGCGCAGCGUCACGGGCUUCAACUUCCAUACGUCAUGCAGCAGGAUUCUUUGCGCACUGUCGGUGGCAGCUCGAACUCGCGUGGCCGGCGACGCAGCAGCAGAGGAGACCAGCAGCAGCAGCACCAACACCACCACCAGCAGACUAGGCUGCAUCUCCAGCUCCAGCUCCAGCCUGGCGAGCACCAUCGCAGUCUGAGCUUCAAUCCAGGUAGUCAUAGUACGACGGCACACUCUUUUCGUCCCUCCUCGGGCCCAGAACAGGCUCUCGUACGGCCAAGCUCGCCGUUAACUACCAGCACCACCACCACUGAUCAUGCUGGUGUCCUUCGUUCCCGUCGUUCUCGUUCUCAAUCCAGGAAUCGUCUCCAGAAACGCCCUUCGUCGCGAACCCUAAGGAAUUCGGCCAGCACCCCGGCUAUGGCCCACGCCUCUUCCACGCCGCACGCACAAUCGCUCGAUUCAAGUUCUCAGGGUCUCACCGCCUUGCCUCAGCUGCCUGAGCAAGUGAUUCCUCAGCGAUCCUCUUCCCUGCGCAAAAAGUCCCGUCCUUUGACUGCAGACCAGCCCCUCUUGACCAGAGAAGAGCCUGAAGCCGUCAACGACCGCAGGAUUGCAUCAGCUCCCAACGGCAUCCUUUCCUUAAGACCCAAACAUACUGCCUCUGAAGCGCCAGCAGAGAGUGAAUCCCGAAGAGAGUCGUCACCUUCAUCUCCAGCCCGUUCCACCAGCCCUACAUACCAAACUUCACCAGUUGCCGGCCAGAGGGCACCGCGCCAUCUACCUCUAGCACCAAACGAUCCCUCUCCCUUGAACCCUCUAUACUAUACUCCAUCGUCUUCGAGCACGCCCAAGAAGCAAUCUACAAUGUCGUCUUCGGAUCCUGGCAACUCUCCGCCAGCAGGCAGCAGUAGCCGUGGCAGUGCCUCGCAGUCUCAGCCGACAGGGCAACCAAUCGAGCAUUCGUAUCUCCCACCAGGCUUCAAGCCUGGAUAUACAGAGCAAACACAUGUCGUGGAGACGAUACGCCCAGCAGUCACGCAAGAAGUGGUGAAGAACAAAAGAACAGAGAUUGUUCAGGAAGAGAUCACGCGACAUAUCCACGUCCAUCAUUACUAUACAUACAUUCAACCGAUCAGGGUUGUGGAAGUGCUGCCUGCUCGGCAUUAUACAAUCGAUGAGAAAACAGGCCAAAAGGUCGAGAUCCCAGCACCUGACGGGUGGGAAAUGCCUGCUUCGCUGCAGCCCACCAAGCCAGACCUCAGCGGAAUUGCGCCAGAGUCUAGGCAUUAUCUCGUGGACGAGGAGCACCCCAACGGUAUCCCUGAGCCACCGCCAGAAGACAUCAAGCCCAGGAGCCCACAAGAACUGAAGUCGAUAGCUCGCGCUAGCAACACUGCGAAGUGGUCACCGUUCCCCAAAGUGCCGUGACCCCAAAGUGUAAGACCACUUUCUCGAGAUGACGCCUAUGGCGGGGCCUGAAGGGUACACAUUGUUGAGGCAGUCGUACCAGUCGGGGAGGGUAUCGUGCUAGCACGAGAGGACGGUCACCGCCUUCCGUCCACCUUGCAAGCCCUCUACUAAGGUCUGGACAAGCUCCCAUUAUUCUGGCGAUCAUCUGCCGCUCGUGUUGUUAGAGCGGUGCGAGAAUCGAGAACUGUAUGAACAGGAAGACGCGACACAGAACACCUGCGUGGAUGGGAAGUGACUCGGCGACCCGUCGCGCAGUAUACACGAAGCUUUUUAUGUAUGUUUUGGGGUUUUGCAGCAAAGAGAGAGAACGUCCAAUGCAGUCGAAUCAACGAGACUCAAAGCAGCCCUCCGUACUUCCUGCCCCGUCUCUCCAGACCAUCCUCAGAACCGAUGCGUUGCGCUGUGCUCUCCCGCCCACUCGAUAUACGGGCGCUGCCGGCGUCACUAGACCACAUUGCCAUCCAUAUGUCGUCCAUAGUGCUUGGGGAUGAUAAUUUCGAAUGGGUCUUGUGAACCUCCAACUUCCAGACAGGUGCGAGGAGAACAGCAAGGAAGAGUCGACUAAUGAACCCGAUGACUGUUAGUGGAGACGAGUACUACGGUUGGAGCUCGGGUGGGAUGAGGACUGGGAACAGAUGUUGACGUUUUGAUUGGAUGCAUUGUGAUCGUGAUACUCAGUAUUACUUCCUGGCACUGUCUUCUACUAAUACCUUAUAUGAGGCUAGCAUUGCUGAAUCUCAGGAAGGACCGGAAUGCUUAUUUAAGUCUAUGGCAUGCAGUGGUUGUACAUACAUGUACCAGGGCGGCCUAUGUCCCUAUUAGUUUGCUAUUGUAAUACCAAGGAGAUAGUAAUAGAAGAUAUAAUCUUGGCCAGCACGAGUUUUCGUCUUCUCAGACUCCGAAGCCUUGGAUGGCGACAACCCCUUGGAAGCCCCAUUGCUACAUAUGUCGGAUGAAUGCUGCUACUGAUAAAAAGAGAGGUCCUUCGCACCGCAGACGACGACACCAACACUUUGGACCCUAGCCCCUGAAACUCCAUGCACAAAUUCAACCGAUGAACUGACAUCAACCUCAGACCUCCCCAGCCCCUCCAACCACUGUAGUCAAGCUUGUCCUUGAUAACAGGUCCUGGGGCCACCGUAGGCCUACAUAA